AUGAAGAUUAUUGAAAGUGUUAUCCUCGGCGUUGCAGUUGCCAAGAGGGACCGAAAGGUGCCUCCUCGACAUCCUCUCAACCGACUCAAUAGAUUGAGAAACAAACUUGCAGUACAGGUGCUCGAACACCCAGCUCUUGAGGCAGAAUGGUCAAAAAAACGACGAACUCGAGUUCUCGGAAACCUCCAGAGCUUUGCUGACAAAAUGAAGUCUCGAUUCGACUCCGACAACUGUGGAUUCUUCGACAGCUCCUUGCCAAACGGAGGCCCAGACCCAGAUCCACAUCUCAGAGACAAUGGCAAGCCCCGUCGCCCAGUCUCCAGCCGUCGACGACGACAAGCCGACUUUUCCAUCUCCGACGAUUGGCGCCAAAACACCUGGGUUGCCGAAGACUCCAGCUUCAUGUGGCUGUACGAGUACUGCUUCGAGGGGCAGAACUGGGAGAACUUGAGCGAUGAUCAGUUUGAUUUCAUCACCGACUCCGCUGACGAUCUCUGCGAAGAGGACGACGAGGAGUGCGCGUACUUCGACAUGGGCACCUGCCAAUUCCGCGGCAAACAAGAUCAAAUCCUCGUCCGCGGCGGCGGCAAAAGCCGAGCCCUCAGCGCCAACCCUCAAAAAGCUUGGAAGCAAGUGACGACCGGUCUUCGCAAGUGGGCAACUCGAUAUUUGAACAACUGCCACGGCAUGCGAAAAGACAAGCUUCCAGCCAAGCGCGCCCGCAGCAUGUACAACCGAUGGUCCGACAAAAUCCCCGCGCUCUAA